AUGCCCAUCGUGUACGAUGGCUCGAGGGGCAGCAGCCAUGGCGACCUGUUUACGGGCCUGAAGCUGUUCAUUUUCCAUCGUGUACCGCAACGAGAGAGAUGGAUCGACCUUGUGCAGGGCAACGGAGGCGAGGUGGUCAAGCUCGAGUCACAGGCCGACAUGCUCAUCGCCGACCACGUCAAGAGAGGCGGCGCUGCUCCACCCCCUGGGUCAUAUUCAUGGCAAUGGAUCGAAUAUUCCGUCAAGAAUGGUUAUCUUGAGCACAAGGACGACUAUCGAAUCGAGGAAGCCCCAGCAAGAACGGCUGGGACCUCCGCCCCCACCAAGGGCAAACGCGUUCCCUUUACCAGCAAUGACGAUGACAUCUUGAUGAAGUUCGUAGUGGGCCACGAGAGGCAAGGAAACGCUAUCAGCGGAAAUGUCAUCUUUAAGAUUCUUGAGGAACAGCCCGGUCCUUCCAAUACGCAAUCUACGCCCUCCAGAUCUCCUAUGUCGACGCCCAAGAAGCAGGAAAGGCGCCAUGGCAGGAAUCUUUUCACUAAAGAAGAUGACAAGUUGCUGCUAGAAAUGAUUCGAAAGACACUAGAGUUCAACAAGGCCGCCGCUGCUGAGGGCAAAUCUGGCAAGCGACUGAGUGGCAAUAAGAUCUAUCAAGAGUUUGCAGAAGAGAAGAAGGAGCAGGUUGGGAAGACGAUUCAGCUGCGCAGCCGCAACCGCAAUCGGGGCCAAACCGAGAUGAAGCGACUCGGACACCGACUAAGAGAGUACCGGCUCCGUCAUCAACAGCGGUGCCGUCACCAGCACAGCGUACAACACAACCACCAGAUGCGAGAUCCGACGGCGAGAGGCUCAAGAGACAGCAACAGAGCAAGAGAAGAGCUCGCGCUGCGCAAUUGCUUCAACGAACUUGGAGAGGUCACGUCGUCAGACGAGACCUCGCUUGAGGACGAUCAAGACGAGGACACCGAACAGUACGAGGAUGCUCAGGAGGGCUUGAGCCAAGAAGUGGACGGCAACGAUUCAAGCUCAAGAGAUCAGUUUUACGAUGAUCUCCAAGAUUAUCUUGAAGUGAGCGGCGCCGAGAUUCAGCAUCGCCCUGUCGUUGCAGGGCGCGAAAUUGAGCUGUGGGAUCUGUUUACGGCAGUAACACAACAGGACUGCGCUGUCGAGGACCGUGACUGGACGAACGUGGCACAACGACUGGGCUUCGACUGGACAAAAUCAGCAACGUGCGCCGAGAACUUGAGAGCAUGCUACAACCGCAACCUAGCAGAUUUCGAAGAAGCCAUCGGUCCCUACGACGACCAAGAUGACACAUCGGUAGUUGACGACGAACAUGUUGCCCAUGACGAAGAGCUAGUUUUGCCCCAGACGUCGGACGCUGUGACGGCGCCUAAAGAGCCUUAUGCAGCUCCGUCGUCUCCUCCAUACCGAUCAUCUUCACCAAUCGCAGGAUUGAAGCGAUCCUUCCAGCAGUCAAAUGCCUCGCAAUCUGAGCUCGGAUAUCCUUCAGAUGGAUCAAGAAAACGGCGACGGCGCGAUUACGGAAAAGUAAUUCCACCAACGCCAGACCGCGAACUCAGAUUCACAGGAGAGUCGAGCAGUCGCGCAGAAGCGCAAGGCUUUUCCUCGCCCUCAAAUCACCGCGAAGCCGCUCCCAGACCCAACAACGUGUACGCAGCAGACGAUGCAGAGGACUUUCUGAAUACUGGUAUGCAUGAUAUUGAAGAGGUCGACGAACUUCCCGAACUUGCGCCUUCAAAAAAGAAGAGAUUCCUUGAGCCCGAGACUCAGGACUUCGGACUAGCAAUGGGUGGCGAUGAACACGUGCGUCAGACGAUCGAAAGAAGCAACACCGGGUACUUCACAGAUGAGGACGACAAUACGCCUUCGCAACAGCUUCUGUCCGAGCUUGAUGCAUUUUCCAGCCCCGCACCUCCAGUCUCGAGAACAGGCAACGGUACUGCACCUGCAAAUCGACCGCCCUUCGUAGAGCCUAGGCCUAGACCUUUCGGAGGUCCCGCGCAGAUGACACACACUUCUGCUUCCAGGACAGCAACCAUCACUGGGUCCAACGUUGUAGCAACGAGUGCCAGUGCGUCGAGCUUGAAGGCCACGAAGCGGUCACUGCCACAGCACUACCAGAGACAGCCACCUGCUCCAGCUGCUAUACGAAAUGGCAUUGCUGUACCACAGUCCCAUCCCAUGUCUCCCAUUGCGGAUCGAACUGCAGCUGUAGCUCCUAAAGACGUCAACCAAAGAUCCAGGCAGUCAGUGCCUUCAACUCCCACACGAGCUGCGCUACCUUCCACGCAACUGCGAAGACCCUCUGCGAGAGUCUAUACGUCUCCUACGCUAGCGCCGAAACAAUCGCACAGCCAGGACCCGGCCCAACCUGUCGAUUUUGGCAAGGAAUAUGUCGAUGCUCAAUUUGAGCAUUUCUUGGCCCUCGGGUAUGACACUCGUCAAAUCGGGCAAGCCAUGGAAGCAGCCUCUCUCCACCGUGGUCCCAUGACCGUCGCGCUUCAGUCACUCGAUUCCGGCAAAGGAAUUCCUCGCGAUGCGCCCGGAGUGUGGACAGACGAUGACGACGAGAAGUUGAGGAAGGUCAGGGAUUACGAUCGCAGGGCGAAGAUGGAUGCCUCAUCCUCGGGCUCUAAUGAGGAUCCAAGGGAAAAGGCGCGGGUGGAGCGCUUCAGGAAAUUCUUGGCCAUGAAACAUGACGAGUGGGUGGGCGUCAGGUUGAGGUUCAUGGACGUGAUGGAUAAGGGGCCGGAUGCGUGA